AUGGCCGAUUUCCCACGCUCUGAAACACCGGUUUCCAGCGAUCCUGAGGGCACGGAUAUCGUCGCGGCCUGGGCUCCGGCUUAUGUAGAGUCGCCAGUGGUCCAGUCCGUGGACGAUAUGGAACUAGAACUAGAAUUGGAGCUGGAUUUGGAGUACGGAGUGUACGAGUACAUCAUACUCGUACGGGGUAAUGAAGUAGUGGUACGGAGUACAGAGUACGAAAAUAACUUGAAGAAUACCGAUAUUGUGCAGCGCGGUGCGGUGCGCAGUGUGGUGCAGUGCAGCGCAGCGCCGGUCGCUGCAUCAUUUGAUUGGGCCGGCGGGAUUCCGAGCGAUGUGCGCAUCUUUGCCCUCCCCGCAAGCUUUUGA